CGAAGUUAAAAUUUAUAAAUCUCUUGCUAAACUUCAGGGGAUAUAUAUUCCAGAAUUGUUGUUUUAUGGCGAUUUUGCAAAUGGAAUGAUUGUUGGUACUACAUUAGGUCACCAUAAGAUAAAUAGACGACUAAAGGAUUGA